AUGACAGAGAGAGAAGUACCAAGAGUCGCCGCAGCAACAUAUACUAAAGUUGAGUCUGUAUCAGACAGACCAGACUGUGCAACAUUUAUAUUCGUAGACGAAGAUCAUACACUGGGCAACUCACUACACUAUGUACUAAUGAAGAACCCUAAAGUAGACUUUUCAGGUUACAGUAUUCCACAUCCAUCAGAUAAUAAGUUGAACCUACGUAUACAGACAAAGGGCAACGUAACAGCACAGGAAGCCCUGGAAAUGGGCCUGAAAGACAUAAAGGACAUUAGCAAUCACAUCCUGGACACAUUCAACCAAGCCAUUGACGAA